CCAUAGCGGAAGCAGGAAGCGGGCGGGCCGGCCGUGACCCGCGGGCGGGCAGCGCCGGCCGCGCCAUGACGGGAAAAUCGGUGCGGGACGUGGAGCGCUACCAGGCGGUGCUGGCCGGGCUGCUGGCCGAGGACGAGAACAAGUUCUGCGCCGACUGCCAGGCCAAAGGACCACGAUGGGCAUCCUGGAAUAUUGGGGUGUUCAUCUGCAUCCGCUGUGCUGGCAUCCACAGGAACCUGGGGGUUCACAUAUCCAGGGUCAAAUCUGUCAACCUGGACCAGUGGACACAGGAACAGAUCCAGUGCGUGCAGGAGAUGGGGAAUGGCAAAGCCAAUCGUCUCUACGAAGCCUACCUGCCCGAGAACUUCCGGAGGCCCCAGACAGACCAAGCUGUGGAGAGUUUUAUCCGGGAUAAAUAUGAGAAAAAAAAAUACAUGGACAGAAGCAUCGACAUCAACGCCUUCAGGAAAGAAAAGGACGACAAAUGGAAAAGGACCAACGAGUCAGAGAGAAAACUGGAGCCCAUCAUCUUUGAGAAGGUGAAAAUGCCUCAAAAGAAGGAUGAAACUCAGCAAUCCAGGAAAAGUUCCCCCAAAUCUGAGCCAGUCAUGGACCUGCUGGGCCUGGACGCUCCGGUGACAACGCCCGUCACCAACGGCCGGCCCAGCAGCCUGGAGAAGGACCUGGACCUCUUUGCAUCCAUGGGAUCCAGCUCAGACUCCUCCAGGAAGGUUGUUGGCUCCAUGCCAACCUCUGGAAGCGCCGGCUCCGUUCCCGAAAAUCUGAAUCUGUUCCCGGAGCCCGGAGGCAAAGGGGAGGAGGUGGGGAAGAAGCAGCUCUCCAAAGACUCCAUCCUGUCCCUGUACGGCUCCCAGACGUCCCAGGUGCCAGCCCAAGGAGCGAUGUUCAUGGCGCCGGCUCCGCUGGGCUACCCCGCCGCUCCCUACCCCGCCUUCCCGGGGCUGCCCCCUUCCAGCAGCAUGAUGGGCGGCUUGAUGGCCCCCUCCGUGGGCAUGCUGGCCCAGCCUGGAGCUGCUGGCAUGGUGGCCCCCGUGGCCAUCCCAGCAGGCUACGUGGGCAGCGUGCUGGGCGUUCCCAACGGGAUGAUGGGCGCCCAGCAGCCCGGCUACGUGGCCGCGGUGCCCCCGGCCGUGUACGGGGUCCAGCCGACGCAGCAGCUGCAGUGGAACCUCGCCCAGAUGACCCAGCAGAUGGCUGGGAUGAACUUCUAUGGAGCCAGUGGAAUGAUGGGCUUUGGACAGUCCAUGGGAGGAGGAGGAGGAGGCCAGGGCAGCAACCCCUCCCUCAGCUCCCCGCUGUGGAAAUGAGCCCUCGCUCGCCCGUGACCAUUUCUGCCUUUGUUCUGUCCUCCAGACCUGCUCCAUGAGACAUUCAGGGUUUUUUGCUUUCAGGUUUUGGGGUGGGGGGUGGACCCAGCCCAACCUGAAUUUUUGUUUUUCCAUCCCUGAGCUCCAUCUCUGCCUUUCCACUGUCACAGCCACGGGGACAGCUCGGUGGCCAGGCCACCAGGAGCUCAGCCCCGUCCUCAGCACAGUCAAUGCACUCGGGGAGGGGAAACCUCCCUGCACAAAGCUCCUCCAGAGCUCCUGGGUAGCACUUGAUGCCCUGCUGGGCACCUGGGCACAGGUGGGACUGGGAAAUCUGGACUGAAUCCUGCCCAGAAAGCUGGGAUUUCUCACUUCAACUUGCAGUGUUAGAUUUAUUUUUUGGUUUUGUUUUUUUUUUUUUGGGGGUGGGGGGAACCUCGUUUGGUGCUGAGGAACUGGAGUGAAGCCGAGCCCAGGGGCAAGCAAGCCUUGCUACCUCCUCCCUCGAGGGGAGCUCUCCCUGCUCCCACCCUCCUUGGAACCAAAGUCCUUGGGAAAAGCCCUCUCCCACCCCCCUGAGCAAGCAGGAAUCUCGCCCAGAGUGGGGGCAAAGCCGAUGGAAUGUGAAAAACUUGCACUCCAGAGGGAAUCUUCUGGCUGGUGCUAGGAUCUGAUGGAAUUUCACUUUUAACAAUCUAACCAGAGUUAAUUCUCCGGGGCCCAGAGCCCUGUGCAAGUUUUCUUACACUUUUAAAAAUGAUUCUGACAUCCUAAUUUAUACUUUUUUCACUUUUUUUUUUCUCCUCUCUGUUUGGUUUCGUUCUUGUUGUUGUUGUUCCUGUGUAAAAUCCUGGUUCCUCCCUUUCCUGGCUCGCUUGGGACAUUUUAAUCUUAGGCAGAUUUCUUUUCUCAUCUCCAGCAGAACCCAAAACUGCUUCAAAAGUCAGCAAGAAGUCGGACUCGUGGUCUGCUCUCUCCUGUGGAUAUGUAAAUUCCCAAAUAAAACAUUGCAGUGGA